AUGGACCCGCAGACGCAGAACCAGUACAAGAUACAGCUGCUGCUGCAUAUCAACAGCGUGCUGCUCGCACGCAUCAACCAGAUGACCGCGAACGCGAUGCAGUUCUCCGCGGAACAGGUCCAGAACGUCACGUCGCAGUACCUGAAGCGCGUACACGCCAAUCUCCAAUGCAUCUCACAGAUCAACCAGGGCGCGCCCGGGUCCAAACCGACGAUCUUGGAACCUCCCCAGCAUCCACAGCAACAGCCCGCUCAGGAUAUACUCGCGAAACUGUACUUGCUGAUGAGCCGGGUGUUCGAAGUGUGGUGA